AGAACACCGAAUCACAGGCACACACACACCCACACACGCGAAACCGCCCUCGCCCGCUCUUCCAAACACCUUCACUUUUCUGUUUUGCUUAAAGGAAUUUGCCUUUUAGCAAGUGGCGCCGUUUGCGGAAUAGGGCUCUCUCUUUGCAUCGAUCUGUAUUAGUUGUCUCCUCCUUUUCACCACUCAAAAAACAACAACACACACACACACACACAACACACCCUUAGCUUCUCAUGGCAGCUCCCCCCUCAGAUGAUCUCGCCCGUCUCCGGGAGGAGCUCGCGCGGGAGGAGGCCGAGCUCGCAGAGCUGGAAAGCGACGUGGAAGCGAAGGCUGCCCAGCUUGGCUACCUGCACACCGAAUACACCCUCAACAAGAUGCGUCUCUGUCACUACUACGAGCCACGGCUGCAACCGUUGCGCAGCACCACCUGCGCCGCCGCCGAGAAAGAAUCGCUACUGCAGCUGCAGAUCGAAUGGCUGGAGCGCUUCGUGGUGGAGCAGGAACGGCGCUCGCAGGGCGGUGUGUUUAUCGAAGUACGCGACAUGAAGCCCGCUGCGGAGGAGUACGAGAAGAAAGCCCGGCAGACGCUGCUGCGGUGCUACGAGCACAUUUUGGAGUGCCCAGAGGAUGCCCUGCGCAUGAUCAGCCAGUACGCCUGCCCACCAGACGACGCCAUCGCCACCAUGCAGCUCGUGAUGAAGGUGCGCGGCGAGCCGCUGGAGGAGUGCACGUGGGGUGCGGCCCAGGUGCUGCUGAGCUACAACUACUUCCAUGACUUUUUUGUUACCCGCAGCGAGAGCCUGCUGAAGCGGUGCGACUUGCUGGACGACAACCUGAUGAACGAGCUGGAGCUCUUCUGCGCGAACCCGCAUCACGCCGUGGCCGCACUCUAUCAAGUCAGCAUCCCCAUUGGAUGCAUGGGGGAAUGGCUGCGUGCUAUCCGGGAUUACUACCGCGUGAAGCUGGUGACGGCACCGGUGCUGCUGCCGCGUAGCGCAAACACACGUCAUGAGACGGAGCGGGCACGGAGCUGGUUGAAGGCGGUGACGCUGGGCGGCGGCGAAGCAGCGGAGUCAUCCGCUAAGCGCCCCUCAACCCUCUUUGUCGAGAAGGGGAAUAGCGCUGCCGCGGAAAGUGCAGCAGCGGACAACACGGCAGCAACGGAGAUGGACACGGAGGAGAAGGCGGCGCUGGAGUCGUACGAGGCAGUGAAGGAGAACCUUCAGCAGUUCACGCAGUCCGCCGCUGAGGCAACGGAGCUCGUGGUGAAGCUGCGCCAUCGCCUGCAUCGUCUGCGGGAGAGCGUACGCGUGGCCGAGGAAGAGCGGGCUGCGAUUGAGAAGGAGAUGGAGGAGAAGCUGGAGGAAGUGCGUGGAAACUACGAUGGAACGAUGGUGCCGCUGGAGGAUCAGUUGGAGGGAACCACUGAAACCUUUGUGCAGCGUAUUACGCGUAAGUCAGCGAACACUCCACUUCCCCCACCAACCCCGGCAGACACCGCAGCUGUAAAGUCGAGCGAACAGGUCGCUGAUGCUGUUCCCGCGUAG